AUGCCUAAUAAAAAGAAGAAAAACUCACCUCAACGGUUAUGGGAAUAUAUUUCAUCUAUCUUCGUUACAUUUGUUGAGAGAGUUUUUUUCUCUCUUGGAGUAAUUGUUGCGAGACAUCCAUGGAGAGUCAUCAUAGCAACAUGGGUAUUUGUGGUACUGAGUUGUGGUGGAUUAUUUACAUUUCACAUAGAAAAGAAUCCUAUGAAAUUAUGGGUACCACCUGAUUCGGAUUUUUUUUAUGAUACAAAUUGGUACAUAAAUAAUUUUGGAACAAAUUUUAGACUUCAGAAAUUGUUAAUAACAGCAGAUAAUGUUUUAGAUCCAAAUAUUUUACAAUUCGUUCACAAUAUUACAAGUCAUGUUAACUCAUUGGAGACUAAUUUUCAAAAUAAAACUUAUUCUGUAAGUGAUUUAUGUUUCAAAGUUCCUGUUGUUAAUUUUCUUAGUACUAAUUGGAAAUCAAGAUCUGAAGAUUCAAUAAAUGCUAAUAGCAAUAAAUCUUUACAGAAUGAAGACUUGUCUGAUUUUUCUCUUUUGAUUGAUGAUGAUUUUUAUUGCAAUUUAAUUGAAAGUUUUCCAUUAACAUGUUUACAAUAUAACAUAUUAGAUAUUUGGAAAAGUAAUAUUACCUUGAUUGAAAAUGUUACAAAGAAAGAAAUAAUAAGAGGAGUUAAUCAAGAGAAAGUAAACCCCAGAACUGGUCAUCCAACAGACUUUACUAAGUUCUUAGGAGGGUUAGAGCAUGAUGAAAAUGGAGAUAUUGUAUUAGCAAAAUCUCUUUUAUUAACUUGGUAUAUGGAAGUAAACAUGACACAAGUUGAUCUUAAUGAAGUUGGUAAUUUAGUUGGUACUGAAGAAUGGGUUUCCAUCCCAUUAGCUCUCUGGGAAAAAGAAUACUUAAAAUAUGCCGAGUCUUUAUCUCAUAAUAAUGCAAAUGUAAACAUUUUCUAUGAAGCAGGAAGAAGUUUUGCAGAUACAUCAGGAGAAUCAAUGUUUCAAGAAUUAGAUAAAUUAUUUAUAGGUAUAAUUUUGAUGUUGUUUUAUGUUCUUGUUGCAGUUUCACAUUUUAAUUGGUUAGAGAUAAGAUUAACAUUAGGAAGUAUUGGUUUGUUGAAUGUUGGAUUAGCCUAUAUAAGUGCAGUAAGUUGGUGUUCUUUAUUUGGAAUACCUUUUGGACCUGUACAUUCAUCUCUGCCUUUUCUUUUAAUGGGGUUAGGUGUAGAUGAUAUGUUUGUAAUGAAUGCUUGUUGGAAGAUUGUCAUAGCUUCAGAUAACCAUAAAAGUAUCCCCAUCAAGGUUGGCCACAUGUUAAGACAUGCUGGAGUAUCAAUAGUAAUAACAUCAUUUACUGAUAUUGUAGCAUUGUUAAUAGGUGCUAUCACAAUUUUGCCUUCGCUAAAGUCAUUUUGUAUAUAUGCAGCGGCUGGAGUCUUCUUUAUUUUUUGUUAUUCUGUCACAUUUUACGUAGCAGUUUUUACUUUAGACCUUAAACGAAUACAUGAAAAUAGAAAUGGUAUAUUGUUUUGUUAUAAACAUAAGAAAGAAAUUCAAGUAUCAGUUGAGAAAACUUAUUUCCAAAAGAUAUUUGCAAUAAUAUAUAAAAAGGUUAUCUUCACAAAAUGUGGAAAAGCUAUUAUAUUGUUAUUCACUGUGGUUAUGACUAGUUUUAGUAUAGCAGCAGUAUUCAAAUUGGAACAAAGAUUUGAUCCAAGAUGGUUUGUUCCGGAUGGUUCAUACUAUAAAGAUUUUAUAAAUGUCCAUGAUGAAUAUUACCCUGACACGGGCCAACCUGGAGUUAUAUUCUUAGACGACUUAGAUUAUCACAGAGAAUUUGCAAAAUUACAUGAUAUGAUACAAAUAUUGAAAAAUGAAUCUUACAUAGCUGAAGUUAAUUCAUGGGUUGAUACUUUUCAUGGAUAUGUUUUAAAAAAUUACAAUCGUAAUUUAAGAAACACCUCGGUUUCUGAUGAAAACUUUAAAAGAUAUUUAACUAGAUUUUUAUUUAGCCAAGUCGGAGGGCGUUAUCAGAUAAAUUUUAGGUUUAUGGAUCCUCUCAUAUGUGGUCAUCCAAUUCGUAAAAUUACUGCCUCAUCUAUGCCAUUCAGAUUCACUAAAUUUGAAGGUCCUGAACAAUAUAUACCAGCCAUGAACCGUAUCAAGGAGAUUGUUAAGACAACAAAUAUAACUUCAGGGUCUGGUUAUCGCAGUGUAUGGUCUAAAGCUUUUGCAAAUUGGGUUACUGAUGAGAUAAUAGCAGUUGAAGUUGAAAGAAAUAUAGAGUUAGCUUUGUUUUGUGUUAUGAUUUGUACUGUUAUUUUGAUAACAAAUCUUCAAAUGUGUUUAUGGAUAUUUAUUUGUGUUUUAUUGACAAUUGUAAAUGUUUUAGGUUGGAUGCAAAGGUGGGGUAUGACUGUCGACAUUGUAUGUUGCAUUGGUCUCGAACUCGCGAUUGGUCUCUGUGUAGAUUACGCCGCCCACGUUGGCCAUACCUUUUUGACAAUAACGCAGGGCAGUCGUCAUGAAAGGGCGUAUCAAACCGUAACAUCCAUAGGUUCUGCUGUUUUGUUAGGUGGUGGUUCUACAUUAUUAUCAUUAUCGCUUCUCAGUAUGUCAAAAGCCUAUACGUUUCAGUCAUUUUUCAAAAUAUUUUUACUUGUUAUAAUUUUUGGCCUUUUUAAUGGUUUAUGUUUCUUGCCUGUAGUUUUAUCACUCAUUGGCCCACGGGCACAUAAAGUCCACGAUGAAAGCGAUAAAUCGCAAGAGGCAGUAGAAUUAAGUGACAAGACUUAUUAUGAUAAAGUAAAGCAAAAUGAUGAACAUCUA